AUGCGUUGUAUCAAUGCCAUCUCAACCUGGCUUUUGCCAAUACUUGGUCUGCUAACAUUCAUGUGCAAGGUGGCAGCGGCAACCGUCUACAAUUGGAGGGUCACUCACGCUCCGUUCUUGAUGCCGUUUGACGAACAGCAAGGGAAUUGGACCGCAACCUGCCGGAAGAUUGUCGGCGCCAGAAUUUUUACUGCGAGCUACGAGUACUCUUCGCACGACGAGACCACAUAUUGCGUAUGCGGCAACUACAACACGAAUGUUGACUAUGCACCGCAGGUGAUCGACGACCUGCAUUCCAGAUUUGUUGGCUGGUUCUUUGCAAAAGCGACCGUCGCUGCGGGGAAGCCGCGCGGAUCGAAAACACCUUGA